CUGGCAUUCUCUGUGUCUGUCUUUCUUUCCUUUAAAAUCCGGCACAAUGCUGCGUAAGUUCAGUUCAGAGGGCGCCUUGUUGGAGCUGGAUUUCCUGCCCUGGGAUAGAGAUGGGACCCCGGACACCUUGGACGAUCAGCCAGAUGGAGCCUCAGCCUCCUAUCCUUGCACCCCAGAUGCAAAGUCAGGGAGUGCUGGAAAGGGGGAGCUUAAGAGAGAUCACAGCAUUAGUGUGGAAAAUCUGGUGGACUUGGAGAAGGACCCCGGGUUACUGAAAGUGACGAAUCUUAAUGAGAGUUUUAAAGCGUACAGCGACAGCCAGCUCACUGCCAACGUCAAAGGCAGCUGUGAGAGUGUGGGAAAGUGUGAAGGCCAGCCCUACUCGACGUCAUCCUCGCUGAAAUCCGGCCAUAUGCCCGUCUCCCCGAAACCUCCCCACCAUCACCGGCAGCAGGCUCGGGCCAAACUGACAGCUGCUAAAUUACACCUUAAAAGCUUGUUUGGACAGGGUUCGCCGCAGUCUUCUCAUUCAAAUCUGGCCAAUGCAGAGCACAGAGAGAACGUCACCAGCGCUAAAGAGAGGCGUUCUCGAAUGCCUUUCCUCCGCCAGUGGAGUCAGGUGGGCCACGGCAAAGCUCGGCUCAGCAGGGCGGAGAUGGAAAGUUGGGCCAAGUCCCUCGACGCGUUGCUGGAAAGCAGAGUGGGCGUCACGGUCUUCGAGGCCUUCCUGCGAUCCGAGUUCAGUGAAGAAAACCUGCAGUUCUACACGGCCUGUGAGCAGUACGGACAGUCGUCCAAUAAAUUCAGCCUGCAGAGACGGGCCAAAAUGAUUGCUGAGACUUACAUCCAGCCUGGUGCUCCCAGAGAGGUGAACCUGGACAGUAAGACGAGAGAACUGACCCUGGAGCUCCUCAAAGCCCCCUCGCACACGUGCCUCUCUCACGCCCAGAGGCGCAUCUACUGCCUCCUGGAAAUGGACUGUUACCCCCGUUUCCUCCAGUCGGAGAUCUACCUCGCAUUACUGAGGGAUUCAUAUGAAAACUAAGAGCGGGCGAAAUGUCCGAAAGCGGGUUCAUCCUAAAAACUGAACGGACAUCAUGCGUGGACAGUGGAGACUGCAAACGUCUAAAAUCAUCGGAACUACUGAAGAGAAACAGAAAGGGGAUCGUCUUGAACGCCAUCGUCUUGAGGCAAUGAGGAAUGAAGUGCUUCGAACAUUUUACAAGCAGGAGUUUUACUUGCUAGAUAUCACUGGACUAAAUGGCAUGUUGACCGGCAACAAAAGGAAGAAACACGUCUGGCAAGAAAGGGCUGUUCAGUGAAAGUCUGGAGCGAUCAUCAGGGUCAGACCAUCCUUUGACUCCACCUGCAUGUGGUUACAAAGAAAUGGCACUAACGACUCAUUCCUCAAAUUUAUCAAUAAUUAUAGAAUAUAGCUAAAUGCAUAAACGAAAACUCCAGCUCUCAGCAAGACAAAAAUUCAAACGGCCCGCUAUCCGAAUAAGCAAUAUGAACACCAUUACGUUAAAUAAAAGUUGAAAGCGUCCUCGGAGGCCAGACGGAUGGUUUGUGUUUAAAAUGCGUAUUAGCACACUGUGAUUUUACGGUCACGGAUUGCAUACUAAAGCUGCUGUACAAGUCAUUCGUUUCAAUACUUUUGACUCGAGAUAAAGAUCUGGGCCCGGUUGCAUGGAAGUCUUUAAGCAAUUUGACUUAGGGCUAUUCCCGAGGGGGGAAAAAACUCCCUGAGCUAAGAGAUUUCUUUUUAAGAUCGUUGCAACAAACGUCACCGAUACCGAAGUGUUUAAACGAAGCAUUUCACAGUAGUUUCUGGCAACAUAUGGUGACGGGCGCCGCAGUUGCCAUAGUUACCACAAUAAAUACAAACUUAACUAAAACGCCAACAAAUAAACGAGCGCUGGCUGUUUCUACGUCGCCUUGUAUGCAGGCGUUACCGAAGAAAGCGCCCUUUCUUCUAUCAGGAAGAUAAAACAUUACACAAAUCUAACUAAUUAAAGGCAUACAUUAAUUUAUAUCGUUAUUUCAUGUAAUAAUUGAUUAAUAAUCGUUUACAUAUUUAUAAUAAUCGAUAUUAAUCUCAAUUACAACUCCAUUUUCCUAACAAAAUACAUAAUUGAAAACCUGCAAGUCAAGUUUUUUACAGUUUCAUGUUACGGUAGUCAUUGCCAUACUAUGCAUAUAUUAUAUUUUAUUUGCGCAGGUCUUAAAAAUGUCCCAAGUGUUUAAUCUGUGCUUGAAAAUCCUAAAAAUACUGCGUUUAAGAUUACUUGAAGCCGUUUUGAUCCCUUACAUUUAUCAAGGUGAAAUGGUUGCCAGGGACUUUGUAGCAACACUUAAGCGAAGACUUAAGCGAUUAAGGGAAAUACUUAAGUGACAGCCUUAACUUCCCUUAAGUAAACCCUGCCAUCCAUGUUUCUCUAAGGGUACCUUUAACCUUAUAAUUAAGGGUUUUCUUGUCUUAAGGGUCAUGCAACCGGCCCUUGGCCCUUUUAAAAAUCUAAAUAGUACGAACUGAUGUUAUUAUAAAGGUUUUUUAGGUAAUUGUAGAAGUCGGUAAAUGUCACACAUACUUAAAUGACACUCUAAAUGGUUUAAAAUGCAGACAUCAGUGCUAAUACCAUCCCAUAAGCACACAUACAUUUCCUACUUCUUCAGUUAAAGAGCAAAUGAUCUGAAGAGCACUGUAUUCUUAUUAUUGUGCACCUAUGUCCACUUGAUCAUCUGAAAGGCAACAUUUUUAUCACGUAUAUUCCAGAUGAACGCACACAGUGAAAACUUGAGAAUGAAGGGCUGUGAUGUGCUGUUUGUAUUUUAGUGGCUCUAGAUGAUAUCUGCUGUGACUGACACACUGAAGACGGUACAUGUAUUAUUACUGUAGACAUGCGCUAAUGUUCUCCAAGGCUUAAAUCUGUUCGAGUAUACUAUAAAUGAUUUCCUUAAGGGAAUGAUGUAAUUAUGUGAUCAGUGUACAAGAAUGAGCAUCAGAUGACCAUUAAGAGUCUUUAUGUUUGUUUGAGAGCAGAGAUGAAAUUGAAUCGAAAGGAACAAAAUGUUCAACCAUUUAAUUUAUUUCCACAAAAAAAAAAAAAAAAACGUCUGUACUUGCAUAGACCCGUUUGUAAAAAAACAUGAUAAAAGAUCAUAUUAUAGAAUUGCGAUUAUAAAAGCACAAGCCAUAAAAUGAAUAGCUGUAGUUUAUAAAUAGGACUGAUAAAAAAAUAAAAAAAAAAGUUACAUAUGGCUGUUGAUGUUAUUUUCAUUAGAGGUCUUUUUCACUUUUGUGGUUUAAUAAAAAUUUCUAAAAAUC